AUGUUAGUGACGAGCAACGCGGCACGUAACAGUUUGAACGACACUCUUCCACCUAUACAUUCACCGUCUAGUCCCCUGGUUCAUGGCCUCUCCCAGUUAACUGCCACCCACCGCCACCCUGUUAUAAUCGACGAGAUGUGUGACGGUCCACCGCCCUUUAAUGGCGGCUUUCGCGAGUCGCGGCUGCUUCUGCCGGCGUGGAUCGAGGAGCAACUCGCGGAUCAGUACCAUGAGAUACAGGGCUUGCUUCUCGAUAACCAGGGGUUGACGGCUACUCACAUCGCGCUAGUGCAAGAACUUGUUGCCGUCCAUCACGAGCUUCAUCGCGUCUCCCACGCUGUUGGGUCUAUGCAGGCUGAGAGGGAUGCUGAGUUUUGGGAGGUUUAUGACAAUUCCAUGAAGAUGAAUGCAGAACUUAGUGCUGCUGAUGCGAUGAGGGCUGAGCUCAUGCAGGUUCAGGGUGAAAUAGAAAAGCUGAAUGCAGAACGGAAGGAUCUUACAGCCAAAGUUCAGAUGCUUACCCAAGACAUGGAGAGGGCCUCAGCCGAAUUGCAGCGGGCUUUGGCAAUUAAAGCUGAAAUUGAAGAUAAGCUUGGGAAUGCGUUGAUUUACAGGGAUGCUAUAGAGUACGAAAAGAAGGAAUAUGCUGAUAAUUAUGAGCAAGCAGCAGGCUUUGUUGGGAACUAUUGGAACCCUGAUUCCACCCAUAGAGGAAACACUUACCCUUAUGGUUAUGGCAUGAAUUCUGUUCCCGGAGGUGUUGAUACUGGAGCACAAUGUGCAGCUUCAUUCGGUCCUGGACAUGGUUCUUGGAGUGCUUAUGGGCAGAGAUAA